GCCCAUGAUAGUCAUUGGCCAAUAAGCAAACAGAUUACAAAACACUGAAAUUCAACAGCACGUGCGUGCUGCACCACAAUACAUUACAAUACAAACUUCUCCGGAUACGGCAUUUUGCAGGAAGUAUUUUGGAAAAUCGGUGUAUGCUACAUAUUAGAUUGUUUUCGACUUGCCUCAGAUAUAGCAGAAGAGUGCUGCUCGGUACUACCAGGGGUCCGAAACAACUAAAGUUACUUCAACAUAAUAUCACCAUGUCUGUUAACAAACUCAAGCGUAAAAGAGAGUCACCCACCAGCAAGGAUGUAAAACAACCGAUACCCACAGCUGUGAAAGAGAAGAAGAAACAGAGAGAGCCCGGCUGGCUGGAGAAGGAAGUGGCUCAGCUCCGCAAAGAAGCUCAGGGAUGCGAAUUCAAUAAGAAGCGACGUCGAUAUUUAUCUGACUGUCAGAAAAUCAAGCAGAAAUCUGAUGGGGUACUAUACUGGAUGUCAAGAGAUCAAAGAGUACAAGAUAACUGGGCUCUGAUAUAUGCUCAGCAGCUGGCCCUGGAUGAAAAACUUCCUCUGCACAUCUGCUUCUGUCUGGUUCCUCGAUAUAUGGAUGCAGCUUACCGACAGUACGCCUUUAUGUUGAAAGGACUGCAAGAAGUAGCAAAGGAAUGCAAAGGCCUGGAUAUUCAAUUCCACCUACUGUCAGGAGAGCCUGGACACACACUGCCAACUUUUGUUAAAAAAUUGAACUUUGGGGCAGUUGUGACUGACUUUAACCCAAUCAGAAUCUCUCUUCAGUGGAAUGAGACAGUUAAAAAGGACCUUCCCUCUGAUAUACCUUUCAUUCAGGUUGAUGCACAUAACGUGGUACCAUGCUGGGAGGCAUCUGGAAAGCUGGAAUAUGGAGCCAGGACUAUAAGGGGGAAAAUCACCAAUCUUCUUCCAGAAUUCCUAACAGAGAUUCCACCUGUGGACACGCACCCGUACGUCGCUUCUCAUACAGCAGAGCCGGUAGACUGGGAGAAGGAGCUGUCUUCUCUUGAAGUGGAUCGGAGUGUUGGAGAGGUAGACUGGGCCCAGCCCGGCACCUCUGGUGGUAUGGCCAUGCUUGAGUCCUUCAUUGAUCAGCGACUGCGUCUGUUUGCCACCAAGAGGAAUGAUCCCAACAGUGAUGCUGUCAGUAAUCUCUCACCCUGGAUCCACGCAGGUCAGCUCUCCGCUCAGCGUGUCGUUAGGCAGGUCAAACGAGAGAAAGGCUUUAGUGAGUCUGUAGCCUCAUUUACAGAAGAGCUGGUUGUGCGGCGGGAACUCGCUGACAACUUCUGUUUUUACAAUCCCAACUAUGACAACAUAUCAGGUGCGUAUGAUUGGGCGAAAAAGACUUUGCAGGAACAUGCCAAAGAUCGUAGAGAGUACGUUUACACCAAAGAGCAGCUGGAGAACGCCAAAACAUAUGAUCAGCUGUGGAAUGCAGCACAGCGCCAGCUGGUGCAAGAAGGAAAGAUGCAUGGAUUUCUUCGCAUGUACUGGGCAAAGAAGAUCCUGGAAUGGACUGCGUCCCCCGAAGAAGCCCUCUCUAUUGCUUUAUACCUGAAUGAUCACUAUUCUUUAGACGGAUGCGAUCCCAAUGGAUUUGUGGGUUGUAUGUGGUCUAUCUGUGGCAUUCAUGACCAGGGUUGGGCAGAGAGACCCAUUUUUGGGAAAAUCCGUUACAUGAAUUAUGCGGGCUGCAAGAGGAAGUUUGAUGUAGCACAGUUUGAGAGGAAGUAUGCUGCCACUGAGACUUCCAAAAAACACAAGAAAUCCCCAUAGUUUAUUUCCAAUGCAUUUCUAAAACUAAUGUGCAAACAAACUUGUACUGUACUGGUUUAAAAAGACUACAUUUAUGGGGGGGUCAUGUUUUCAAUGGUGAGAUUAAGCUUUUUUAUUUGUCAUGUAUGACUAUGGUCUACACAGGAAAAGGCCAGUUUUAAUGUCUUGUUUAUACAUGUUUACUGAUUUUAGCGUCUAAAAAUAUACAGAUCAUUUGAUCGUAGUGUAUUGUUACAUAGGACUCGGGGACUUGCGGGACUGCAAGAUCCAGACAUUUUGUACUGUAAUAUAACGUCAAUGUACUUCAAAGAAUUAGGAGAGACCAAAAUAAAACACAUUUUAGUGAUAUUUUGUCAUGCUUAA